CUUCCUCCCUCAGCUUUCACUCUGAGACUGUAACCAACCUCCACCUCAGUCGCACCCCAUCAUCAUCAUCAUCAUCAACAUCCAUUAAAUACCGUCCAUCAAAAUCAUGCCCACCGAACCCCGAACCUAUGUGUCCGGUGGCCGCGUCCUCGGAAGCCCCCCACUCUCCCUCCGAGUCUAUCGCUUCCUCGAGAGUAUCUACAUGUUUGUGGGCUUGUAUCUCGUAAGCUUAUUCUCGACCGAUCCCUACACUGCGGCACAGAAUUCGAGAUUCAACAUUCAUCGUGCUGGGAAGAGCGAUGGGUCGGGGCGCACAUCGGGAUGGGGAUUUGGGUUCGGCGGUAGUGGCGGCGGCGGCGGCGGUGGCGGUGGUGGCCCUGGAAGGGGUCCCGGGGGAUUUGGACCUCGCAAGCUUGGCCGGGUCGAUGAUAUUCGGGGGCCGGAGUGUGGGAGCUGUCGUUGAGCAGUCCAUCGAUUUGUGUUGAUGUGGUAUGUGCUGCUUGGUGCAGGAUUCAUUGUGGCGCUGGGAGUUUCUCGAUGUUUGGAGGGGUAUACAAAUUUCAUCCAUCAUGUUACCAAUUCCGAGGGGAGAAAUGGGGGGCGAGGGUUGAGCUGUAAAAGUCUUAGGGACGUUGGGGAAAGUGAUUGUAGAGUGGGGAUCGACAGCUGUUUGAUCACAACU